AUGGCCAUGCGUCCUGAUCUUACCACAUACAAAACCACCAUAUUCGACGUCAUCUUCGCCCGUGUCAUCCUCUUCCCUACCUUUUGUACGCCCAAUUUCACUGCCAUCGCUAUCCCCAUCCCAAUCCCCGCGAUGAUCAAAACACCACAACUCCACCACCCAGCCAGGUCGCACCCGGGCAUCCCAGUCUCCACUCGUAAUCUGCAUAUCUUCGAUGACAUCCCAGAGUGCGUCGACGAUGAUGCUGUCGAGUGCCAGUUUGUGUAA